UGAUAUUGAGUAGACUGAUCCUGACGUCAUUUCCCCCAGCGCCAUUGUUUGACCUCCAUGGUUGUGUACUCAAAAAUAGACAUGGACAAUCAGGAGGAGAUAUUAGACGCUUUAAACGAUUUCGAGAAGAAGAAAGGCGAAAUUCCUCCAGUUUUGGAACAGUAUUUAAAAACAAUCGCCAAAACCGGAGAAACGCUAUUUCCUUGGCCAAGAGUGAAACCUCUGUUUGUUGGUAAGCUAGAGAAUGUGAUGUCCAAGUUUAAUCGGGAAUUGCCAGCUGAUCAUCUGGCACCUUGUCCGAAUGUGGAGAAUCCAAAGUUCAAAGAGAUGAGGAAAAGAAUUCUUGAUUCUCUCAACAAAUUUUCAGAUGCACCUUUUACCAUACAGCGGUUGUGUGAACUCCUAACAGAUCCUAAAAAGCAUUACAGGCGGACGGACAAAUUCUUGCGUGGAGUUGAAAAAAAUAUGUUGGUUGUCAGUACAGUGGAUCCGUUUGGAAAUAAGAUAGUGUCUGAGUCCCGUGAAGUCAUGGUGAACGGAAUGGAAGGAUCCCCUGUCAACGGAAAUGAGGCUGACUCCUCCCCCACCACCACCCCGAACAUUGGCCCCAGCCUCUACCCCGGGGCUAUUCCCCUGCAGCAGACCAACUGGACGACGGACAGCUGGGCAGGGGUGGGAACCAGCCAAGAAGCAGCAAGGGACACAACGUGCAAUGAGGAUCCACCCCCAGGAGCAGGUGCUCCGGCGACCGACUCGACUCCUCAUGAGAGUGUCAAGGAGGAGGAGAAGGAAGCUCCCCUGGACAGCAACCUGGAAACUACGGACGGGGAUCAGGCCCCCUCGGAGGAAUCCCCACCCCUGAAGAAGUCCAAGCUCUCAGAUGAAAUAUCAGAUGAAGUACCAGAAUUGGCAUCUUCUAAAGAUGAUACAAGACAGACAGACACACCUCCGAUAGGCGAAGACAAAGAAUUACCCAGAGAACAUGGCAUCACCCAAUCACCACAGGUUGUGACCUCAGAAAGUUCAGAGGUCAAACUGGAGCCAGAGGUCAGUUUAGAGGCAGAGUCAUCAGAGAAACCUGAAACAAUGACCAGAUUAGAACAAAAUGAUCUCACUGAAAAUUCACCCGAGUCGUCUCAUGUGCCAUCUCAAGAUCUCGAAGGAGAGAAAUGUGAUAAUGAUUUACCUCAAGAAAGCAUUACCUCUACUCAAAGCGAGUCAAACCCCCAACAAGACCAAAGAAGCCAGAAUUCAGAGGGUUGCUGCGAAAAUUUACCACACAGUUCAGAAGAGGAGACAAAGGAGAAAAAUCAGGAAGAGAAUUCUACGCAAUCGGAGCAGUCAAUCGAGGAACUGACAAAGGAAAGUGAUGCUAUUUCAGCAGGUGAGGAGGAUCAGAUGAAUGUUGACCGUGGAACAAAGGAUGUGAAAGCAAACGAAAACACAGAUCUCAGUGCUGAGAAACAAGAAACUGAUGGUCAGGAAAUCAGUGGUGAUAAUGCGCAGAUUGGUGCUGAUAGCACAAAAACAAGUGCUGACAGCACAGAAUUGAGUACUGACAACACGGAUAUGGUCACUGAUAGUACAGCACCUGGUAAUGACAGCAUAGAAAUGGUAACAGAUGAAGCAGAAAAUUGUGUUGAUAGCACAAAAGUCAGUACCAGUGAUGCUGAACCUAACGAUCCCCUGUCUGAAGGGAAGGAGACCCCCAUGGAAGAAGACUGAUGGGUCCUGGGUCGUAUGUGAGGGUAGAGGUUUCUACAUGUGCAUCACUGGGUGACCAAAUCUGGGAAGGGUUGUCUUUCAUUAGAUUAUCCUUAUUUCAUUCUGAAUCAUUGACGUGUGUCGGACAUGCCUGCCAUUGUUACCUAAUAUUAUGUAAUUUUAGUAGAUGUACUUAAAGUCUGAGGCAAAAUUGGCAUAUAUUUUGUAUUGUUGAUAUUGUGCUAUUUCAUCCAACUUCUGUUCUGUUUUGGCCUCAAACUUUGCAUAAAAAAUAAUAGCUGUUCCAAUCCGAGACAUGUUAUUAUUGUUGCAAAUAUUUCCUUUGUGUUGAUAGAUUUAAUUUAUUUUGAUAAUUUGAUACCAGUCUUAAAAAACCAGCAUACAAUCUUUGUUCGGGUGUAAUGACAAAGGGUUUAUAUAAAUGACUUAUUACAAGUCUGUAAUGACAAAGGGUUUAUAUAAAUGACUUAUUACAAGUCUGUAAUGACAAAGGGUUUAUAUAAAUGACUUAUUACAAGUCAAAGGGUAAUGCUUUUUUCUUUGCAGUGAGUAAAGUAACUUAUUACAUGUAUUGAUAAAAUAUUUCAUGCACACUGACUUUGAAUAUUUUUAUCAAAGCAAUUUAAAGAAUUUAUAACAUCAUUAUAAUUUGGUUGGUUUAAUGUGUGUGUCUAACUACCGAGUAGUUCCGAUGAUAAUUAGGUCAAAGGGCCACUAAUUUCAUUUUAUGUUGAUUCUACUUUCUGUUAUAUUUUCAAUUGUGAUGCUCUGCAAUCUUAAGAGAGAUUUUAGAAUUCAUUUUUCAGUACAUAUGUGUGCAAUCAUUUAUGGUCUUGUCAUUGACAAAUAUAAGUCUUUCUAUUAAAUCUCUGUUGUCUAUUCUCAUACAUCAUUUAACUGUAAGUUAUGUAAUCUAUUAAAAUUAGUGGUGCAUUCAUAUCUGUUUAAUACAUGUAGUACCAAGUACUUGCUCAUGGAUUCAAUGCAUUUUGACCUAUCCAUUUUUGGAAAUAGGGAUUUAUCUAUCAUUUAAAUGUUAUUGUGUCUAUAAAAAACCAAAAAGGUCACUUUUGAAUUACCACUUUUUUUACCUAUUCAAAAUCUAUCUUUUCUGUGUGUGUACUGAAAAUUGGUCUUGAAUUCUGUUAUAUUUGAUGUACGCAAAUUUGAUUUAGUGCUUUUAUCUUGGUAAAAGUUUUAACAACAAAACCCCCCCAGCAUUUUCCCUUCAUUGAGUCUGUCAGAGGGUAAAACUUCUUCCUUACAGUCAUAAGUCACUCUCUUCUCUGUUACUUAGUGCCCAAAAAGAAAGUACUGAAUGUUUUUUGACCAACAAUAGCAAUGCUAUUAUAUUUGGUAUAACAGCCCUUGUGGGGGUUCACCCUUAUAAGAUGUUGUUAUGUACAUGUUCAUCUCAUGCUACUGAUGUACCCCCCUCCAUAGCCUGCCCCCUACACAUGAACUGCUGGGCGGGGUUACUGUAAAGCAACUUUUAUUCUUGUGUGAGAUAAUUUUGGGAGGCUUGCAACAGGCUCAUUGUCGCGAAUAUUUCUCACUGCAAACCAGUUAUUGUUGAAUGGUUGUUAUAACAAAACAGAUGUUGAUAGGGUAUGGUAGCGAGAAUAAGUUCAUAGUUGCUGCAAACUAGUUCCUUUCUGGUAAAUUGGGAAAUAAAGUCGUUGCGUAUAAAAGUUGGUUAACAAUAGUUUGUUUGUGAGGUGAUAAUAAAUAAUCUCUCUCCGUGAGGUGAUAAUCCAUAAUCUCUCUCCUAACCUUAGGAAUGUCAGUAGUGAUUCACUGCCAAGCAUUGAAAUUUUAUCAUAUUGUAAUUUCCUCCCGAUUUUUAUUUAAAUACACUUUGUCAUUGAUAAUGAGUAUGACCACGCAGUGCUAUUUCUGUUGUAGAAUUGGUAUAUUAUAUAUGAUAAUUAUAACUUGUCCCAUCCAUCAUUACAUCAUAAUCAAAAUCAUUUCAUGAUAAUUGUUGUGCAAAAAUUGUCUCACAUUCGCAUUAUUUCAUCUUACAAUUCAAGCUUUAAAAUAAAAUUUCACAGGACUUUGCUUGAUUAGACCAAAUUCUUCAGUGUUUUACAUGAUUCAGUCCUCUUUUCUUUUUUUUCCUUUUUUUUGGGGGGGGGGGGGGGGGGGGGGGUAAGGGUGUACUUUUUUUUAAAGUCGAGUUGAAUUGCAAAUGAUGCUCUUAUUUUCAUCUUCAGAAUAGUAUUCACAAUCAUCAUAUACAGUGUUUGAGAGAGAGGGUGUGUCUGUGUGUGUGUGUAUUUGUGAAACAAGUAUUUUAUUAUAUAUGACAUUAGUCAGAAAAUAAAGUGAAGAAAAUUU